GGGGCCGCCCCGCUCGGUCUUAGGUGUCUGAGCCCGAGUGGCGACGCCGAGGCGGUCGCAGGAGGGGCCAGCUGGGCUUUCCCGCUUCACUCCCAGCACCUCUUGGUUUUUAUCUUUAUUUUUAAAGAGGGAGACGAUGGACUGAGACGAUGCACGCCAUGGAAUCCCGGGUGUUACUGAGAACGUUCUGCGUGAUCCUCGGGCUCGGAGCGGUUUGGGGGCUUGGUGUGGACCCCUCCCUACAGAUUGACGUCUUAACAGAGUUAGAACUUGGGGAGUCCACAGCUGGAGUGCGCCAAGUCCCGGGACUGCAUAAUGGGACGAAAGCCUUCCUCUUCCAAGAUUCCCCCAGAAGCAUAAAAGCACCCACUGCUACAGCUGAGCGGUUUUUCCAGAAACUGAGGAAUAAGCACGAGUUCACAAUCCUUGUGACCCUGAAACAGAUCCACUUAAACUCAGGAGUGAUUCUCUCCAUCCACCACUUGGAUCACAGGUACCUGGAACUGGAAAGCAGUGGCCAUCGGAAUGAGAUCAGACUACAUUACCGCUCUGGCGCUCACCGCCCUCACACGGAAGUGUUUCCUUAUAUUUUGGCUGAUGCCAAGUGGCACAAGCUCUCCUUAGCCUUCAGUGCCUCCCACUUAAUUUUACACGUCGACUGCAAUAAGAUCUAUGAACGAGUGGUGGAAAUGCCUUCUACAGAUUUGCCUCUGGGCACCACAUUUUGGUUGGGACAGAGAAAUAACGCACAUGGAUAUUUUAAGGGAAUAAUGCAAGAUGUGCAAUUGCUUGUCAUGCCCCAGGGGUUCAUCGCUCAGUGCCCGGAUCUUAAUCGAACCUGUCCAACAUGCAACGACUUCCAUGGACUUGUGCAGAAAAUCAUGGAGCUGCAGGACAUUUUAUCGAAGACAUCAGCCAAGCUGUCUAGAGCUGAACAACGAAUGAACAGGCUGGACCAGUGCUAUUGUGAGCGGACAUGCACCAUGAAGGGAACCACCUACCGAGAGUUUGAGUCCUGGACAGAUGGCUGUAAGAACUGCACAUGCCUGAAUGGGACCAUCCAGUGUGAGACCCUGGCCUGCCCUGCUCCUGACUGCCCUCCCAAAUCGGCUCCCGCCUACGUGGAUGGCAAGUGCUGCAAGGAGUGCAAAUCAACCUGCCAGUUCCAAGGACGGAGCUACUUUGAAGGAGACAGGAACACAGUCUACUCAUCUUCUGGAAUGUGUGUCUUGUAUGAAUGCAAGGAUCAGACCAUGAAGCUUGUUGAGAACGUUGGCUGCCCACCUUUAGAUUGUCCCGAGUCUCAUCAGAUCGCCUUGUCUCACAGCUGCUGCAAGGUUUGUAAAGGUUAUGACUUCUGUUCUGAGAAGCAUACCUGCAUGGAGAACUCCGUCUGCAGGAACCUGAACGACAGGGCCGUGUGCAGCUGCCGGGAUGGCUUCCGGGCUCUCCGGGAGGACAACGCCUACUGCGAAGACAUUGAUGAGUGUGCAGAAGGGCGUCAUUACUGUCGUGAGAACACCAUGUGUGUGAACACGCCUGGUUCUUUCAUGUGCAUCUGCAAAACUGGGUACAUCAGGAUUGACGAUUACUCAUGCACAGAACAUGACGAGUGCCUCACAAACCAACACAAUUGUGACGAAAACGCUCUGUGCUUUAACACUGUUGGAGGACACAACUGUGUCUGCAAGCCUGGCUACACUGGGAACGGAACCACGUGCAAAGCUUUCUGCAAGGAUGGCUGUAGAAAUGGAGGUGCCUGCAUUGCUGCCAAUGUGUGUGCCUGCCCACAAGGCUUCACCGGACCCAGCUGUGAGACAGACAUUGAUGAGUGCUCUGAGGGCUUUGUUCAAUGUGACAGCCGUGCCAACUGCAUUAACCUGCCUGGGUGGUACCACUGUGAGUGCAGAGAUGGCUACCAUGACAAUGGGAUGUUUUCGCCAGGUGGAGAAUCUUGUGAAG